CGGUAGCCGCUAGCAGGCGAAUAAUAUGAAAAUCUCAUGAGUGUCGCUUCUUACUUUCUUUUAUAUGGCACUUAAUUGCAACAAUGUUAAGAUUCCGAAAUACCAAUACUGUGACACUGGUCAUUUUAACGCUCGUUGUGGAAGGACUCGUAUAAUUAAUUCAAAGUUCGUUCCUAAUCCUCAUGUUAUUGUUUGCUAACAUUAACGUUAGCAGGCAUGUCCGCUAGCUGAAGUAAAGGGACGCGUUGGUUGUGUAUUGCCAUGGUUCUUUCUUUCAGCACAGACACUGAGGAUGUUCAGUGAAGGCAAAGACACACACGGACAACUGCCACUAAAGGGAGUUGUCUGGCACAAUAACAGGGCUUUCCCCACACUGUAAGCUGCAGCCCUAACUGUGACGAGACAGAAGAUACGAUGCACUGACCACAUAGUCACAAACAACUCAAAAAUGAAAGCAUCACUCAAGAUGGAGAAGGUUCUGGACAAUAUUGUGUCCAUGGUGAAGCAGCACCCACCUGGGAUCCCCCUGAAAAAGCUGGCGGUACUCUAUAGCCAGACAUACCACAAGAACCUGACUCUAUCCUCCCUGGGCUUCGACUCCAUGGCUAGCCUGGUAGACUUUCUGGAUCGGGAUCUGGUUGUGGAGGGGGAACUGGUGUUUCACAAAAGCCACCGUCAAGUGGGGAAGGCUGGAGCUUCAGCAUCAACGAAAGCUACAGACAACAGAACAGACACUAGAAAGGUUUUGGGAGAUAUAGUGUCCAUGGUGAAGCAGCACUCCGCUGGGAUCCCCCUGAAAAAGCUGGCUGUAACAUACGGCCAGACGUACCACCAGAACCUGAUUCUAUCCACACUGGGCUUCGACUCGAUAGUUAGCCUGGUAGCCUAUCUGAAUAGGGAUCUGGUUGUGGAGGGGGAACUGGUGUUUCACAAGGACCAUUGCAGUGAAAGUCGGGCUAGAGCUGGAGCUGGAGCUAGGGCAUCACCAAGACCUGCAGAAGACGACGAGGGCGUUGAGAAUGUUCUGGGAAAUAUUGUGGCUGUGGUGAAAGAACAUCCAGAUGGGAUUCCUCUGAAUAAGUUGGCUAUAGUCUACAGCCAGAAAUACCGCUACAACCUGACCCUGUCCUCUCUGGGCUUCAAAACUAUUUCCUGCCUGGUAGCAUCUUUAAAAGGAGAUCUAGUUGUGAGAGGGGAAGUGGUGUUCCAUAAGAUCCACCAGCCUCCAAGUCAGCCUGUAGCAGGGAAGUCAGCAAAAGCCACAGAGGACAGCAGGCCUGCGACACCACAGAGGGCCGAACCACUCAUCGCACCCACUGGUGUUACCGCGCCACAGGUGGAUGUCAACUCUCACUACGUGCCUCCCACUCAGGCAGGAGUGAACCUUUUAGGUCCUCCUUUGACUUCCACUGCCUCUUUAUUCUCCACCCACUGUCUUCCUGUUAGCCCACUUUUGACUGUGUCCAAGCCAGCUGAGAAAUUGAGCCAACAGGAGCUGUACCAGAGGGUCAUAGAGGUGAUAAAGAAGUACCAGCUAACUGCUCCAUCAAUGGACCAGCUCCAAACCUUCUACAUUCAGCACUUUGGUGAACAGUUUCCUCUUGCACAGUACAUGUCUCUGUAUGACAGCUUGGGAGCAUCAAGCAUCAAGACGCAGCCCACUCAGUCUGAACCAACAGCAGAGUCCGAGACAAUUGCAGCAGCACAGGAUCUGAAGAGAGAACCUGAAAAAGAGCAGCAACAACAGGCCACUGUGCCCAACUUCCUCUCUGGCGCCGACUUUCCAGUGCUGGGGGCAGCCGUGAGCUCAACCAAAGAGCAGAAGAGCAAAGUUAAAGGCGCAGUCCAGAGAGAGGGCAGUGCCCCCGUGUUUAUUGAAGCUUACCGUGCCCAGCUGAGAGAGGUCCAUGGAGCUAAUAUGCGGGCAGUAGAGGCUAUAGAGGAGGAUGAGGAGGAGCUCACAGGGAGGAGGAGGAGAAGAGUCCUGGAUCAGGAUACGGUCAACAGUCUGAUGGAAGAUGUGAUACGAGAAAUGGCUGCAGAGGGAGAGCUGGUCACCAAAGAGAAGGUGAUAUCCAGGGUGUGCAGGCUGAUGCAGAUUUCCUCUUUGGAUGCAGCAAAGAUAAAUCCCCGGAUAAUUCCAGCUCUCAAAGACCUUCAGUACACCAUGAGAGAGAUCAACAUGUUCAUAGAGUCUACUGAGGCAGUGACAUCCAUCUGUACCCUGUAUGAGCUGGGUCAGUCGCUGGCCGGCCUGAAAGACAAGAAGCACUAUGAAGAGCUGCACCUGGGGCCCCUCUGCAAACUUCCCCUUGUCCACCGCAUGUUCAAGAUUGACAGUAACACAAAGGAUGACGAUAUCCACCAGAUCGAGACAACAGACAUCUUAAAGCAACUUCGUAUUUUUCGGAGGAAGCAGAGCAAGCCGAAAGUAGACCUGGCUGACUUUAUGAAGUAUCUGGCUGACCACUACAACUGUGAAUCUCCCUACGAGCUGGGUGUCAGGAUACAAGGCAUUGGGCUGCCCAUAGCGACCUUGAUCAAGGUGAGUCGUUCCGAGCACACCAUCUUGGAGCAAGCCAGGGAGACCAUCCAGAGAGAGCUGGAAGAGGAGAUCCAUGAGCGGCUGAGGAAGAUAAAGAAGAGCGUGUUGGAGCCAGUGCAAGGAGCAGGUUCCUUCUCCUCCACAGCCAGCUAUGACCUCAGGAAAAAGUAUGCUUCCAUGCCAGCAGCCGAGGUUGUGCUGGCAGUCUUCUCAAACGCAGAGGGGGUGUUCAGUCCCAGGAUGGCUAAGCAAGUCCAGAGCUUCCUGCUGCAGGUGUCAGAUAACCGGCUGGCAAAGGCUCUGUUUCAGCUGGCCAUCUGUGGAGGCUCCAUGGCUGUCCCACAAGACCUUGUGCCCAAAGACAAGGCAUCCAAAUCCACUGAGCAAACCAAAGCGGAGGACAAACCCACCACAUCCCUCCCCAGUGAAGCCAAAGUGAAGCAGUACCUUAAAGACAGCCUGUCCUCGCAGAACUCAACCUUCACUUUGGCCCACAUGGCCUCUUUGGAGAGGAAGUUAAUCAAACACUUCCAGGUGAAGGAUUUCCUCUCUUUAGAGCAAGGCAAUUUUCUGGAGUUCCUGGUAAAACACAGUCAGCUGCUGCAGGACACUCUGGGGUCUACUGUGAUUCUGGGCAGUGGCACCAUGGAACUUGCAGGCAGUGGUUUCAGACCCACAAGACAAGACGUGUUUGAUUUCAUCAACCAGUGUGGUGACAUAACCUUAACUGAUCCAGAUGAACUGUCCCACAUUGAGUCAGCACUGAGGUCCCAUUACAAGGUGCGGGACUGUCGUGAACUAGGCUACGGUACUCUGCAGCUGCUGGCUGGCCUGGUCCAGCGCCAGAGAGGGCUGGCUGGAGGAGGACUGAGCCCGGUCUACUACGAGUCAGCCCUGUUCGCCAAACACUGCAAAUCAAGUGCUCAAGGUGGGGGUGGGGCAGUGGGCUGCUUAGGUGAGAUGUCCAAGGCCCAGGCUCUGGCCAGCUUGCUCUCCUGCCCUCUACUGGAGGAUUUGAGUGAGUGGAGCCAAUGGGAGCUGAUCUUUAAACCCCUACACGGUUCCCUCAAAGAGUUCAUCGAAAGAAACGCAGCUAAUACUGGGCUGGCAGCGUUGGAGUUGACACCGGGUUUCCUGCUCAGGAUCACCACGCACACAGGAGACAAGCACUUCUCCAGUGCUGCUGGGAACCUCGACCCCGUCGGCACAGCCGGCCACCUCGUGUCCAUGGUGGUAGCCGAUGGGAUCGUCAACGCUCCCACGGCCCUCCUGGCCAAUCACAUGCACAGCUCCCUGGAAGCAGCUAUGGCUAGUGAAGAUUUGUCCCAGGCUGAAGACGAUGUGUCAUGUUACAGCAGAGUGGCCAAAUUCCUCUUGGCGUGUUUGACACGAAUCCCCACCAGAACCUGCCAGGCUCUUUUUCAGCCGGUGUUUUUGGAGCCUUUCUCCCGUGUCUUGGGCCAGGCCAAGUCGAAAGAGGUCCUGAUCACUGUGGCCCAGUCUGACCCGAGGCACAUGAACUGUCUGCAUCGGUUGGGCAUCCUCCUGGGAAUCACAGACUGGGUCAAAGACUACCAGAAAAAGCUGAACCCACCACAGAGCCAAAACUGCAUCAUGCACACAGCUCCUGUGGAACAAGCCAAGUCUAAUUUGAUAGACUCUGAGAGCAGCAGUCUGUCAGCUCUAAAUAUGAGUGAAGAUGAGUAUCUUGAGGAUAACGUCAUGGACAACAGCUUUGCCUCCUUCCAUCUCAACCAGAGCUUACAGCAAGUCAAUGGUGAGGAAGACGUAGUGGUCGAGGAGGGAGAGGAUGAGGAAGAGCUGUAUGAGUUUGCCCCACUACCUAACGGAGAGACGUCAGACAUCAGCAGUGAAGCUGAAGCAGGCCAGGGCGAUGAACAGUCCGAACUGUCUGACUCUAAUGAAAAUGAUGCUGCCAGCUGCCAACCAGAGACCACAUUAAAUCGCCAGAGAGCCAUAAUUGAGGACAUCAGGAAGAGUGAGUUUGGUAUUGGUGUGGAAUUGAACGCUGAAGGCCAGAAGCUGAUGCAGGUCCACCAGGACAGGCUGGGUCGCAGCUUGGACCGCCUGUCUACCGAACUCUACAGCAAGGACACACACUUUGUCCUGGAACUCAUUCAGAAUGCUGAUGACAACAGUUACCCAUCGGAGGCUGGUGUCAUCCCAGCGCUUGCGUUUGUGGUGGAGAGGGACUGCAUCACCGUUCUCAACAACGAGACUGGCUUCCAGGAGAGGAACAUCAGGGCCAUCUGUGAUGUGGGUCGCAGCACCAAGGGCAAACACAAAUAUGGAUACAUAGGACAAAAGGGAAUCGGCUUCAAGUCGGUGUUCAAAGUCACAGACUGUCCCGAGAUUCACUCCAACGACUUCCACUUGCGCUUCGACAAGACAUGCGGCCCCAUGGGAUACAUCUUGCCCCACUGGACUGAAGAUGAGAGGCUUCUGGACACACAGAUGAAGGACUUAAAUCAGCACAGCUGGACCACUAAGAUCUGCCUUCCUCUGCGCUCCGAGAGCCAUCAGACCAGGAACCUGUUUCAUGACGUGCACCCCUCCCUGCUGCUCUUUCUGCACCGUCUGCGCUCCAUCACCAUCUACAAUCAGAUUGAGAAGCGUUUCGUGACAAUGACUCGUAAAGACCUGAGUCACAAUGUGUUAGAGGUGGAGCACACAAAGGGCACUGAGCGCUGGCUAGUGGUCAAAACUACAGUGCAGCCCAAGAAGAUCAAAGAGGAUGUUGAGUCCACCGAGCUCGCUCUGGCUUUCCAGCUAAACGGCAACAUCACAGAAAGUGACAUUGUGUGCCAGCCAGAGAAACAACCUGUGUUUGCUUACCUGCCCCUUCGAAGCUUCGGCUUCCGUUUCAUCAUCCAAGGCGACUUUGACAUCCCUUCCUCUCGGGAAGAUGUUGACAGGGACAGCUCGUGGAACCAGUGGCUUCGAUCUGAGAUACCUCAGCUCUUCCUCCAGGCCAUGGAUGUCUUCACUGAUCACCCAGAGUUCAAGGGGCUGAAGGGCCUCUGCCAGUUCCUGCAGUUUAUCCCCCUUCCUGACGAGGUGUUGGACUUCUUCAAGCCUGUUGCCGGGCAGAUUAUUCAGCUGCUCAAGGGCAAAGCCUUCCUGCCGACGCUCAGCUCAGAUGGUAAGGUUGUGUACAAGCUGCCGUCCCAAGUGGCCGUCUGUCAGGACCCUGUGAUCCGCGACGUGAUUGGCGGAGACGAGCUUGAAAGGCACCUGUCUCUGUCCUAUCUCCAUCCGGAGUUGAGCAUUGCUCUACCCACCUCCCUCCUCACUCACCUGGGAGUCCGAAACCUGCGGGGAUCUGAUGUUUCUACGGUAACCACAGCCAUGGCCAAGGACCUGAUGAAAGUGGAAGGCAUCAAUUCAGAUGGCGGCCUGCGUCAGCUGGCCAAGCUGCUGGUCUGCAACUUCCGUGCUCUUGAGCAUGGUUACGGGGAGGCUGACUCCAUCUUGCAAACCCUCAGGGAACUACCCAUAAUUCCCCUGGCUGACGGACGCAUGGUGGCACUAAGCGGGGAGGGAGUGUUCUUUCCAAUGGAGGAAACCAGGACCAAAAAAAAGAAAGCUCAAGUUCAGACAGGACCUCUGUCUGCAUUGUACAGGGAUGUAAAUGUAGUUCACCCCUCACUGCUGAGCUGUGUGGAACCUCUGGAGAGUCAGCAGGUUCGCGAGCUGCUGAGAAGACUCGGAGUUCAUGAAAUGGAGCCUCAAGAGCUGCUGGAGCAGCACAUCUACCCUUCGAUACAGAACAACAAAUGGAAGUCAAAGCCCGAGGCAGUGGUGGUGAGUUACUUGGUAUUCAUCAAGCUGCAUUCCUCGUCCAGCCAGGAGUACUCAGACAUCGCAGUACCCAUCCUCACCAGCAAGGGUCUGGUGUGCCCAACCAAUGAAAGGGUACACUUCUCUGAAGAGUACGGCAACAUCAACCUGCCAAAGAAACUGCCUGGCUGUGACUGGGUUUUGCUGAGUCCCUGCUAUGUGCAGACAGACGACGAUGUAGCAGGAUGGAGGGAGCUGUUCAGCAGGCUGGGAGUCAGAGACGGUCUCAUCAUCCGCAAAGAGAGACAAACACUCACUGCUAAAGACCUGGCCUCCAGUCCCUGGUCAGUGGAAAGUACAACGUGGUACCUAAAACCAGGGGAAGGCUGUAUGCUCGAUGACUACCCCUGUGAGGAGUUUCAUGCCCUGGCCACAGCACAGCUGCCUGGCUCCCUCCUCCUGCAGCAGAGGAUGGCCUUGCUGGAGUUGCUGGCGACCAACUGGGAUACCGGGCACCGCUACUCUCAGUACCUCACAGCUCAGGUGAUUGACAGGGAUGGACGACAAAUCAAAAGCACCAAGUCCUCCUUCUCCCACUUCUUGCGCUCUCUUGAAUGGGUGCCAGCGUAUCGCCCACUGGAAGGAGAGCAGCAAGAGAGAAAGUACCUCUGUCCAAAUUCUGUCUACCUGACCUCACCUGAGAUCACCAACCUGCUGGGCACUCAUGUGUGUUAUGUGGACAUAGACCCCAGCGAGUUUAGCCGAGCUCUAGGAAUGAGACAAAGCAUCUCAGUGGAUGCUCUGAUUAACUACCUGAAGCAAUGGUGUGUCAAACCACAAGCAGAUAACCAGGAGCAAGGACUACCUGAAGAUGAGUUGGAGGGGGCAAAUUUCACCUCCACAGUCCAGCACAUCCACAACGUCUACAACUAUCUGCAUAUGAACUGUCCCAAGAGCAGCCUGAAGGAGCUGUUCCAGCAUAACCCCGCUGUAUUCAUAGAGCACAGCAGGCAACAUGAUGGCUGGUGUUCGGGGCGUUUCUACCACCUGAAGGAGGUGUGUUGGAGUGACACGACAAUGAUGUUCCAUCGCUACAAACAGCUGACUCACAAACCGGACAGCCCUGUCCAGGAGCCCAAAGUCCUGGCUCCCUUCUACAGGGACCUGGACGGGAUGCAGUCCUUCUUCAGACUGCUGAACGUGGAUCCCAGUCCCAAUAUGAAUCAGUAUGUCGGUUUGCUGGAACUGAUCUGUUCAUCGUCUCCCAUACCAACUGCUGAAGUGCUACAAGAUGUCUCAGUGCUCUAUGCCAGACUUGCUCAAAAGUGUACAAUACCGGCAUCUGGUGAACAGGACAAUCUCACUCAGCCCAAUCUUAAUCCUGGUUACUGCUCCACUUUAAAGGGUAUGGUGUCUGAUAAGAGGGUCUUCCCCACCAAGGAUAACAUCUGGGUGAGUCUGGCACGCAAACCCAUGAUUGCUGACAACAAAGAGCUGGAAAAGAUCUUUAAAGAUUGCAAGCAGAUCUGUCUGCUCAACCUUCCGCCAGCAGAGAAGAAGACUGGUGCCCAGAGCAAGACUGGGAACUCUGGUCACACAGUGUCAGGAGAACGAGCUAACGGCGUACCUACCUUCAACGAGAAGGACCGAUCUUUGUUUAUGGAGAUCUGCGGGAUCCGUCAGCUGUCAAAGUGUGUCAAGACUGAGCCUCAGACUGAGAGCCUGAGACCCUGUCCACCCAUGCAGGCCAUGGUGCGCUCCCUUAUACCCUACAUCCAGAAGUUCCUCCACCACCACGACGAGCUGCGUGAAGUCUAUUCAGAGCUGGUUGACAACAACAUUGCAGAGAAAAUCAAGAGACUUUCCUUCGGACAGGUGGGUAAGUUGUACAUUCGCUACCAGCUGGAUAUUGCUGACGGCGAGAAGGUGGAGAUGCGGGAUGUUAUUUGUCUGCUGAAGGACAAGAAGGAGCUUUACAUCCAGAAAGAUCACCUCACAGCCAAGCUGGACAUCUGCAGGGAGCUGGUGAAACUGUUCUGCACUGAGAGCAGCCACAGGAAAGAGCUGAUUCAUUUCCUGAGUGGCCUGAUAACCUCCCUCAAUGACCAAGCAUCCCUGAAGAGAUACUUGCUCAAGGAGGACAUCAGAGAUUUGCCCAGUGAGGAGGAGGUGUGGGAGGUCCCAGAGCCCCCAAAACCAGAGAUCAACCUGGACAGAGCACUAUCAAGGAGUUACUCCUCCAUCAGCUCCCCAGAGGAGCCAACUCACCCUGCUCAAGAGGAUGGGGAACAGACGCUGGUUUGCUGGCCUCCUCGAGCAUCCAUACUGAAUACAGCCAGUCGCACAGCUCAUGCAGACAGCGGUGUGGUAGAUAACAUCAUGAAGAUGUGGCCACCUCCCGCCCCGCCUAAAGACAAAGACCCAGAGAAGGACAUGGCUUCCAGAGGAGGCAGCCACGUCAUCCCCCAGAGUCCCAGCAGCAGCAGCAGCUACGAGGGCAACCAGCCACUCAGGAGCAGCAGCAGACCUACAGACCAGCCCGGCCUUCAGAGAGUCCCCACCCAUCCAGGCCAACCUAACCCUGCUGCUGUGACCUCCAACACACCACGACCUCUAGAGCGCGGCCAACAGAGUGAGACCGCUGAGUCUGACAGAGCUGAGGAUGGAGAGAAAAGCCUCACAGCUCCCGGACCAACGCAGAGUCCUCCAUCUGCACUGCCUGCUGAGACAGCCAGCGAGCAACCGCCUCCAAACAGCCUCGUCGUCCCUGAGGCCGUGGUGCUCUCCGGUGUGUUUCAGGGGACUGCGGCCACUGCAGACACUCAGCGUCCUCCUCUGAACCUGGACUUCCCUCACUGGAACACACAGGCCACACUGGAGGACAUGGAGCUCACCUGCCAGAGACCCACCACCGUGGUGUUGUCCGAUGAUUUUAUGGACGUGGCGGCGAUCGGCGAGUGGGGGGAGCAGUUGGUCAACUCCUUCCUGUGUCACUGGAGAGACGGCGGCGACCCCGGACGACCCACGCAGGUCCUGUGGUGCAAUCAGAGCGGGGAGAGCGGCCAGCCCUACGACUUCAGGCUGACGUUCGGCACCGCGGGAGGGCCGGGGGUGGUGUACGUGGAGGUGAAGUCAACGAUAAAGAAGGAGAAGUCAUUCAUCCACCUCUCUGCCAACGAGCUGGACUUUGCACUGAAAGAGAAGGAGCGCUAUCACGUAUACAGAGUGUACAGCGCAGGAGACGCCCAGAACGUUCGCCUGUGUCGCAUUCAGAACCUGGCGCAGCAUCUCCAUACCAAGGACCUGGCACUUUAUCUGUUCGUAUGAGUCCUUUGUAAGUUUGUGGAGAUAUUUGCACUAUAUUAAUCAGAACACUCAAAUGCCUUUUUAAGUUCAUCCUUACUGCACUGAUUUUAGUUCUUUUAAUGAUGAUAUUUAGUGUAUGUGGUCUUUUCCUAAUGUAUGUUCAUUAAGCACAUUUUCCUUUGUCCAGAAUGCUUUUUCUGCCAACUGCACAGUUCUGUGUUUUCUAGUACGAUUUUAAAGUAACCAGUGGAUAUUCUAAAUGUUUUUAACCUUUUUUUAUUUCCCCUACCUCACCUUUACUCUAGCAUUCCUUUGAAAUAAAAACCUUAUUCUGUCA